GAGUACGAUCUGCCGUCACCGACCUUUUCUCUCACAGAUUUCCACCGAAGAAACUUUAUUGUCGCAAGGCACAGGAAGACUUUUCAUACUGGGAUGAUGACAAUAGCCAGAGCACUUCAUCGAGAGACUCUUCUAACAGCAACACCCCAAAUUGGGAGAACUGCCCAGGACGACCUUCCCCCAAUUCAGCCGCCGCUCAGCCUCCACUUGAAGAAGAGUCCAAUAUUUCCUCCCAAACUCCCACAAUCUAAACCAAAUAAGUUCAGCCACCAUCUCAUCAACGAGCAUCCUUGGGCACGAUACGUUACUGUCCGUGAACGUCCGUCCAUUCUGUCCGAGGACUGUGUCACAAGCUCUCUUCCACUUGAAGUUUAUCGCCACAUUCCCGAUAUGGGCUAUUUUUCGUACGAAUUCGUCCAGUCGCUGUUCCCUCGCUAUCACCAACAGCCCAACUCCACUCAGCCACUUCCAAUCUUCGAGCUCAUGCGUCUCCAGGACGCUGUCGACUUUCGCAAGCAUUCGUUGAAGAUCAUUGACCAGCUCAAGAAUGGCACUUAUGUGGCCCGUGAAAAUAGUGAUCCAGUGACCCCUUCGGGCUCAAUGGCAUCAACCGUUCUUCCGAUUCCUUGGCACACACGAGAAUUCGUCUUCGUCACCCCUCCAACGGCACCUCAUCGCGUCUUUGGUCUUGUAUUAGAGGGUAAAGACACAAGUUUACGACCUUAUAAAGUCGCCUUCGAAAGUGUUCCCGAUGCAGUUUUUGUCUCCCGUAAACAUCUGCAGAGCUCAUCACGAACCAUGAAGAAGGAUGACAUCGUGCUUGCUGAUACUCGAGGGAAUGUCUCUACAGCGAUCCGCUUUUCCGAGUCGCCUGCGUCGCUCGCUCUGUGCAAGCUGGUCCGUCCAAUCAUCCCUUCCCAUCCGCAAGAGGGACUGCUGCCGUUGAAGAUUUUCGAUAUUCCUCGCGACGAUAGGGACUGGAUCGAUGACCGUGUCGGUAGAUUCACGAAUUACUUCAAAAACCCCCGACAAGCCCACCACAGAAUGACCAAGCUGUUCAACGUUGGCUGCUCUGCUCUACUGGCCAUCGAAGGUAUGAACGACGACAGAAGUACAAGGAGGCUGACAGCUACAGUACCCAGCCUUACUGCUUUCCCGAUUCGGUUCCACUUCACUUUGCGAUUGGAUUCAGAGUCCGGGUGGACUGCAAAUCGCUCUGUCUUCCUGUGGAUAGUUGGUGCCGCUUCUGUUGAGCGCGUCUCGAUUCUAAGAACAAAAUUUGACCCUAAGAGAAAGACCCUCGACAUCCAACUCGUCUCUUCAGCUCGCCUUCAUCGCUCUCUCAUGUUAGAGCUAGCCCGCCAGUGUGUCAAUCGGACAGUGCCAGUGUACCCGAUGCUCACCAAGCACAAGCUCUUCGAGAACAUCACGAGAAACAGCGAGUGUCGAGGAGCGCAGGUGCUCGAUGCGGUCUACAACAAUCUGUCCUCCUAUAAAAUAGCUGGUUCGGACUACAUGUAUGCUGACCGAACAGCAAAACGAAUCUCCUUGGAUGGCAAGUCCCUCGAACUUGGUUCAGAUCAGGUGGCUGCUAUCCGACUAGGAUGUGAUGAUCGUCGUCCAAUUGUGGCCAUUCGAGGACCAUUUGGCUCAGGAAAAACCCUGGUUGCUGCUUUGAUAGCCGCACGGGUUGUGCGCAAACAAAAAGGCUUUUCUAUCAUCACUGCCACCACAAAUGGCGCAGUGGCGCAAAUCACCGACACCAGACCUGCCCGUGCUGCGCUACGUGUCCGACACUUCGCUUAUGAAGGAAAUCCUUCGACCUCUGUCGAUAUAAAUAGCAUACUGAAACGCCUACCCGAUGACUAUUUUGAACAGUUGUCGCGUGAGGAUUUGAGGACUUGUCGAAGUUUCAAAAAAGGGCGUGAGCUACUGGAG